AUGUCUGAAGAAACAAUUUGCUACGAUAAGAAAACCACAGCGAGACGCCGUAGAAAUCACAAGAAAACACUCCCUUCUUCAGUUACUGCUCGUGAAUUAUUGGUGAUGAUAGAAAUACAAGAUGAUGGUAUAACGAGGAACGAGUCAAAGCCACUGCUAUCGAAAGCACUGGGAAACUGCAGCAUUAACACAGACAAGACGUAUUCAAGUCCAAAGAAGAAUUACUUGAUUGAUUCACAAAAUACUUAUAGCCCAAGUUCUGGACAACGCCGACCAUUUUCACAUGUUCCAAGCCUUAGUAAUAUCAAUGAUAACAAUGAAGACAUUGCUGCAAUUUAUCAUAGAUAUAAAUAUUACUCCAAAUUAACGGAAAAUCCACAGGAUGAAUCAUUUAAUAUACCAGAUCAUGUGCUACCAGUGUCAUUAUUGGUAUUUCCAGCUAUUCUUACAGAUCCAGCAUCGCAAAAAAAACAAAGCAGUAUAGUAACAAUCUUUUCAGUGUGGAACACCAUGAUGGGCAGUUCUUUACUGUGUAUGCCUUGGGCUAUUGGUGAAGCUGGUCUUGUUCUAGGCGUGUUUUUUUUAGUUUUUAUGGCAGUUUUGACAUGCUAUACUGCAUACAGGGUAAUACGAUCGCUAGACGGUGUUGAAAGAAAAGAUGACAAUGUGAUGGAAUUUUCUGAAGUAUGCAGUUACUAUUUUGGUAAAUGGGGUCUGUACAUAAGCACCGUAUUUUCUGUGUCUGCUUUGCUGGGCGGAGCUAUGGCAUACUGGGUUCUUAUGAGUAGUUUUCUUUACCAUGCAGUGAAAUACAUCUAUGAUGAAGUUAACAAUUUUAAUAUGUCUGUAGCGCUCAAUGUGACUGACAGUGCUAUCUGUCUACAUCCGCCAUCGAGUGAUCCUAACAUACCGAAUGUUAACCUUACUGUUACUGGAUUCAGCAAUCAUCUUCACCAUCAUCUACAUAAUACAACUGAAUCAGAAACAUUAUUUUUUGAAAUGUGGCAGCAAACAUUAACAGUUCCAUUCUUUUUAGUUUUGAUUUUAUUUCCUCUGAUAAAUUUUAAAUCACCAACAUUUUUUACGAAAUUCAAUUCAGUAGGUACUCUGUCUGUUAUGUAUAUCUUAGUUUUUGUGACAGUUAAGGCAGCUAAAUGGGGGUUGAAUAUUGAAUUUAAUGGAACUGAUCCCGUCAAAUCAGUGCCACUUUACAAUGCAAUGUUUCCAGCACUAACUGGAAUGUUAUCACUGAGUUACUUCCUUCAUAAUGGAAUUCUAUCUAUUAUGCACAAUCAACGACACCCAGAAAAUAAUGGUCGGGAUCUAAGUAUAGCGUAUGUUUUAGUGGCGAUUACAUAUACAUGGAUUGGUGUGGUAUUUUAUAUUACAUUUCCUCUUGAAAAGAACUGCAUUGAAUCAAAUUUAUUAGAUAAUUUUCCCAGUGCUGACAUAAUGGCUUUUGUUGGCAGACUUCUCUUGCUGUUCCAGUUAGUGACCAUCUACCCUCUGAUUCUUUAUAUUCUUCGAGUGCAAUUGCUUUGCCCUAUUUUUGGGACAUCCUGGCCUGGCGCUGUUGUAUCUGUGUGUGUUCUAUGUGCAAUAUUUCUGCCAGAGAUUGGCACUAUAAUCAGAUUUUCCGGUGCCUUUUCAGGGCUUGCAUAUAUUUUCACAUUGCCAUGUUUGGUUUAUCUUGCAUAUCUCUGGAAAGAAGGCCGCCUCACCUACACUGUCGUCUUAUUUCAUUCAUUCAUUAUUGCUCUCGGUGUUGCUAAUUUUGUAGGACAAUUUGCAAUAUUUGCAAUACACUGA